ACAAGGCAAAGUAAAAAAGUUUCGUGUGGCAGCAAAAGAACAGCAACAAAAUGGGAAUGUGUCUAUCCUGCUGUGGCAACAGUGCCGAGGAGACAAAUCUAAUGCCACCCGCAGAGGAGCGACGUCGACAGCAGCUAGAGGCGGCAGAGCGUCGGCAGCAGGAAAAUGAAUCACGAGGAGUUAAAAAUCUAGAUAAAGUGCGUCGUCAGCAACAAAGAGCAGAGGAGAUGGAGCGCCGAGAGGAGGAGGCAGCGCGUCAAGGUGGCAACCCUACUUUGCGGUGGCAAGCAAGUUAAGAUCUGGCUCGGAACAUAACAAACUUAAAUGCAGCUGCCUCGAUGUGCCUUUGUCGCCCUUUUGUUGACUGUGUUUCCAGCAUUUUUCUAUUACAUUGUUUUCAAAUUUCUUGUGUAUAUAAGUACUAACCAAAACUACAUUUGUGAUUACGGCUGGUCCCAAGUAUAAUACCAAAAUUCCACCAAAUAAAAUUAAAAAUUUUAAAACAAACAA